AUGUUAGAAAAGGCCUUCAGUGAUCAAUCCAUGGCUAGACCAACUAUUUAUGAGUGGCAUAAGAAGUUCAAAGAGGGCAGAGAACGUGUAGAAGAUGAAAUUCGAUCCGGACAACCAACAACAUCAACUAAUCAACAACACGUCAAGGAAAUAAAAGAUCUUGUGCAAAAAAACCGUCGAUUGGCAAUUAGAGACCUUGUUGAUAUUGCUGGCAUUUCAUUUGGGUCGAUCGCAACCAUUUUAAAAGAUCAUUUGGGUCUCAGACGUUGUGCAUCUCGAUUAGUGCCAAAAACAUUGAAUUUCAUCGAAAAAGAGCGUCGUGUGUCAAGAAAUGCUUUCUGA